AUGUUUAAUCGAUCAUCGUCAAAAACACACGGAUUUUCUAGUGGCACCAGCUCUAAGGAUCAUAGGUUCCGCGAGAGUCAGAAAUCGAAUUUGUUCGAGUUAGGUCUCUUAAGGCCUGGAGCCGAGUCGCGUUCUCUGCGUUCUCUUCGGAGAAAGGAAAAGGAAAAGGAAGGAGACUGGGAUAGUUCGCAGAGCGUUCCGUCCUAUCCUGAGAAGAAUCAUUCUAUUACAGCGGCUUCGCUUCGUCCGUCGCCGCAACCACAGCGAGCGCCAUCGCAUCGCUCCGCAGCUUCCAUAAGUUCUUCAACAUCUAGAGAUACUAUACGUCAAAACACCAUGUCGGGCGCAUUAAGUUCAGAAAGGAGUCGUACGCGGAGGGAGAGGACUUUUGUCGGGAGUGAAUGUGCCGUUUGCGAAGAGCCAUUGGAGCACACGCUUCGCGGCGAGAGGAUUCUACAAUUCUCAUGUUCACAUGUUUCCCACGAGGCUUGCUUCUACGAGUUCAUACGUGAAUUCGAGUCGCAGUAUUGCCCCUCAUGCAAUGCGCCUUUACAUUUAGACACGAGUCGCGGAGGCAAUGUUCUUGACAUCGAAAAAAUAACUAGCAUGGUACGAUCCGUGUCAGCCGAUAACAGGUCGUUGACAGCACCAGCCCAGAGGGAACCCCAGAGGGAACCCCAAAGAGACCCCUGGGAAACUCAAGGUAGCCGUCCGCCUAGUGGCGAGUCUAAUGUUAGAAGUGUAGCCCCUAGCAACAGUGGCCAAAGUAUCACUCGGGGUAGUGUCCGAGAUAGUCGGGAGCCGCCACCGUCAGAACGUUAUAUGAACAACCAUAAGCAUGAUCGUAGUAACAGCGAAGUGACUGGUAUCACCGCGUCGACUGGUUAUCCCGAGACGGCGCAAAGCGGUCCGCCGCGCCGUCACGAUUACGACCUUCAAGCUAUGGAGACGACACCAGGUAGCCCAAGAGCUAUGUCGCGCAAUCCAAUCCCAUCGCCUUCUGUUGUUGUUCGAUCCGAAUUUCCCACCAUAACGCGUUCAAGGCAGCAACAGACCUUGACGUGUCUGAUUACGGUAGAAGUUGCCGAUAACAAGUGGAAGCCUGAUCCGGAAGACCUUGGUAUCGUAAACCCAGCGCCAACACAGCGCACGGAGGAUACUUUUACGCAAAGACCACCGUCACCUGCGAGGAGUUCGCAGCCGCGUUUCUAUCCAUAUGAAGCACCCGAAGUGCUCGAAGAAAUGACCGAGAACUUACGGAACCGGGUCGACAAUUGGCACGGCCUCGACUUUAAUAGGUUUGGAAAGCUUCGACUCUAUGGCACUUUACGUGUUGGCAAGGACAAAGUUUCGUGGCAGGAGUUGGAAUGUUACCUCUUUGCCGAGAUGCUCAUUUGCGUCAAAGAAAAGAAAAACCUUCCCCCUGCGCAACAACAACAAUGGGACGAAAAUGGCAUGCCUCGGAAAGCAACGCGAUGUACCCUGAAGGGUUCUAUCCUUAUCAAGAAGCAUCUUAAUGAAGUCACUGAAACCGGUAUGAUUGAUGAGAACGUACUAACUCUCAGCCUUUCUGUUGCGGAACUCCCGCAGUUCCAUCUGCGCUUUGAGAACCGGAACCAGCUGAAGCUAUGGCAGCAGGCUCUUCUCGAUCUCAAUGCUGUUGAGCGAUCACCAGUCAGAAGCCCAGCAUAUGAACGUGCUGAGGCAUCAGAAAACGAAGAAGAUGAAUGGGGCAGAGGAGGUCGGCCCCAACGGGUCUCGUCGGUGGCUUCUUCUUAUGGCGGACCCAAGUCCAUCACUACGGCUGCUACCGAAUACACUAGCGUCGCGAGGAGCCCUCUAGUUUCAUCAUUCCACGUACCUAUUGAUGUUGUUGUCGUGGUGCCUAUCUCCUCUUCGAUGCAGGGUGUAAAGAUAAACUUAGUCAGGGAUGCCCUGAAGUUCAUGGUCAAUAACCUUGGCGAGAGGGAUCGUAUGGGUCUCGUUACGUUCGGUUCAGGAGGAGGUGGUGUGCCCAUCGUAGGAAUGACUACGAAGGCAUGGCAUGGAUGGAACAAUAUUCUAAGUUCGAUUAAACCCGUGGGACAGAAGAGCCACCGUGCGGACGUUGUAGAAGGCGCAAAUGUCGCUAUGGACUUACUCAUGCAACGAAAGUACAACAAUCCGAUCGCGACGAUCAUGCUCAUCAGUGACGCUUCAACAUCUGAUGCCGACAGCGUUGACUUUGUCGUCUCACGAGCGGAAGCUGCCAAGAUUACAAUUCAUUCAUUUGGUCUCGGUAUGACUCACAAGCCGGAUACUAUGAUCGAGCUAUCUACGCGAACGAAGGCUUCGUAUACUUAUGUGAAGGACUGGAUGAUGCUACGCGAGUGUCUGGCCGGCUGCCUAGGAUCGCUACAGUCUUUAUCUCACCAGAACGUCAAACUGAAGCUGAAACUUCCCGAAGGCUCGCCAGCCAGGUUCCACAAGAUCAGCGGAGCGUUACAGAUCACUAAGCGUGCUACGGGUCGUGACGCGGAGGCUUCACUGGGUGAUCUUAGAUUCGGAGACAAGAGGGACAUCCUGGUUCACUUAGUCAUUCUUCCCGAUAACACAUCUCAGGAGCAAUUACCUCAAGAUCCGUGGGAGACAAUUGUUUCUGGUUUAGAAGCUCUGGGUGGACCCGUAGAACACGAUGACCAGAGAACGAUCUCGGUAGAAGAAUUGCCGCUCAUCCAGGCGGAUCUAGUUUGGGGUGAUAUUUUGAGAGAUGGUACAAUGAUGCAUCUCCCAAGACCGUCGUUACUUGCUAUUACAAUGUUACCGGCACCAGGUAAUUCUAAGAAGACGUCCUGGCAAAACAACCCACCGAUUCCGCCUCAUCCACAUAUUGUCCAGCGGCGGAUGGAACUUCUCACAUCUGAUAUGCUCACUAGAGCAUUAACAUUGGUUUCGCGGGGCCAACACGAUCGCGCACAGACGCUUCUUAACGAAACUCGUUCAAUUUUGAAAGGAUUAGGUAAAGGCGGGCUUCCGCCUGUCCCCGUACCGUCGGUAGCUAACAGCAAAUCAAACCCGUCUACUCCUCAACCCGGAUCAGAUGCUUCUCCAAUCUCGGCUACACCAGAUCGCAAGCAUACCCCAUCACCUACCGCUUCGGCUCAUUCAGGUGCCAACGGUUUCCCAGCAUCGAUUCACCGGAGUCGGUCGACCGACGGGUUAACGCUAGGCAACGCAAACGGCAUUGACGUCAGCACGGUCGCUGCACUUGAUUCCGAACUUGAGGCUAGCUUAGAAUGGAUUAAUCAUCCUGCCGUGUUUGGCCGUGACAGUCGCAAAGCCGUCCUACAAGCCAUCGGAGUUAUUAGUAGCCAGCGCGCAUUUACGUUCCGAACACCAAUCGAGAGUCUGUGGGCUGGUCGUGUCAACGGUAUUAAGAAGCUGACAGACAAGAGCCGCGAGUGGAGGGAAGAAGCCGGCGGCGAAGGAAUUAUCGAAGAGCCAUGA